CAGCGAAUGAGCGGGGCACAAACCUGCCAUCUCAUCCAUAUCUUGCCCAGCAAAAAUUCAACUUUGGCGGCAGGGCGCAGGAAGACACCAAGAUCUCUCAGCCCUCGCAGUCUGGAUGCGCGUAUGCGUGUCAGCCACCGCAAUACCCUAAACGCACAGCAGGUUGCCCCUGCGUCUUUGGGCCUCAAAGCCAUGUAUUCGAAUGUAGUUUGUCGGGUCUAGGCAAGCCACAUCGCUAUUGAAACGGCGCCUCCAAAUGCAAUCAGCAGCUUCGCACAUCUGGGCGUGUUUCGUGGGAUAGGAAAAUUGACGCCACAGGGCGCUGCGCCGCUCAACGAGAUGGCACAAUAUAGUGCAACCACCCACACGGCUAGGCGGGAAGGAUUUGUCCCGAAACUUUCAGACUUCUGAGGGGGAAAUAACGCAGGUAUCUCUACUAAAGAGAGUUGUUUGCCUGCAUUGGCAGAUGUGCUAGGCACAGGCCAAGCCUGGCCUAGCCUGGACCACUUAAUGGUCCAUGCACCACCAGCCUAUCGCCAUCAUAGAUUUCCCGCCUGCCGGCCGAUAC